AUGAGUACAGUAUUCCGAAGCAAUAAAAGUGUGACUACACCCGUACAGUACAGUACUCUCACACUUUCAUUGCGUUGGAAUGUUGAUUUCGUGGGGAAACUGGCAUCAGAUGCUGCAAUCUUGGCAUUAAGGUUGCAGCUCAAGGAAACGGGAGGAGUAAUGGUGUCAUUCGUGAGUCAGAAACGGCACAUUGAAUGGAAGGUCUUUGCACGAGACCCGGUCAGUGUCGCGAAGAGAUGCUUAAUAGAUGUCGAAGCGUUUUCAAGCAGGCUUUGGCAGCUGAUGCCUGAAAUGGAGAAAUAUCAUGGGCCUGCCAGACCUGAGGCAUUGAGGUCAUUGACCGUCAUUCAGCGGACUUCUAAAGAGGUUGGGAUGAAGGCCGUGGAUGUGUUCAUAAGUCAUGCUGGGCCGGACAAGUUAACUAUUGCAAAUCCGCUUUUUGACAAAUUACGAGGAGAAGGCUUUAGUUGCUUUCUCGACAAGAAAAGCAUGAAGGCAGGAGACUGCGCAUCGGAAGAAAUGAUCCCAGCUAUGGAGUCGGUCAAGAUUGGGGUCUUCAUUCUAUCCCCCGAGUUUGCUGCUAGAAGGUGGCCGAUGAAGGAAUUGCGAUGCUUUCUACGUCGACGCAGAGACGCGCGAAGCAGCGGAGCGGCACCGCCGAUUUUGAUACCUGUAUUUUAUCGGUUAGGCGUUUCAGAGUGCCGAAGUUUCAAGCCUGAGCAAUACAUGGAUGAGAAUGGAAGCAAUCUGUUAGAGGCAGAGAAGUUCUACACUAAAGAGAGACAAAAGGAAGCGACAGCGUGGGUAUUCCCUCUACAAGUACAGCCGCAAACAGCUAAGGAAGGGGGUUGCAGCACUGUACCGAAAGGGUCAGUUGAAUUGAGAUUUCCGAAAUGGGAUUUGCGGAAAGACUCCCCGGCAUACAGCAAGGCGUUUUCACAAAUUUGUUCUGCUUCUCUUGGAACGAGUGAGCUCCGACAGACCAUUCCCAAGAGGCAGUGCAAAGGCAGUGCGAUAAGUCUGGAGACGCAAAGGUUUGUGCUCGCCAUUGCUCCGACGCACCAUGAGCUGUGAUGAGGAGGUGGGACCACACGGUCGCCGCGGCCGCCGCUUUCACAUCCCGAGGCAGAAGAGUUGGAUGCGCAACGUCUAGCACCACCCGCGUCGAACUCAAAUUAGUCGUGUAUCGAACCUGCGCCACGAGCCUCCGUCUCAGCUCCGCGCGUAGAAGGGCCACUCCCGUAUCGCUCUGCUCUGCCUAACGACACCAAGGUCUCGGAAGAGCGCGCGCCUGACGAUGACAUAACUCCGCAACGGGCCUACCAUCUUGUACACCACAUCCCGCCAGAAACUCAGAGCUAUGUGGUCUUGUUAUUGAUUGUGUUCCCAGCGCCUUGGAUGCAUGUCCCACAUCUCCGCAAGACCAUUCACAGUUGUGGCGUCACGGCAAAGGCAAGCAAAACACUUUGCAUCGUUUUUUAAAUCGGGGCAAAAGUUAUUUUAUUUUUUCUAGACAACGCAAGGCUCGACUUCAUUUCUUCUAUUUUUUAAAUCAGAAGGUCACUGCCACAGGUAUCUUACCUUCCGUAAAGGGUAAAGCAUUUGCUUGU